AAACGAAGUAGUACACGAAAUCGAGGCUCGUCCAAUAUGGCGGACUAGACAACUCUAGCUGCCUAAAAAAAACAGGAUUUUUUUCAUUAUCAUCUCACGCACACCCCUCGAUAUCAAAGUGGAACACAAGGAAAACGAUGUUUAUUUAUCUGAGUAAAAAGAUCGCUAUUCCUAAUAACACAAGGCUGAAAUGUCUAGCAUGGAACAGGGAACAGGGUUAUAUUGCUUGUGGCGGCGAAGAGGGUUUGCUGAAAGUCUUGAAACUUGAAACACAACAAGGCAAAGACAGCAAACUAAAGGGACUGGCUGCUCCUAGCAACUUAUCCAUGAACCAGACGCUAGAGGGACAUACAGGUGCAGUUCAGGUAGUAACUUGGAAUGAACAGUUUCAGAAAUUGACCACAAGUGACCAGUAUGGGCUGAUCAUUGUCUGGAUUCUCUAUAAAGGCUCCUGGUAUGAGGAGAUGAUUAACAAUCGAAACAGGAGUGUUGUACGAGACAUGAAGUGGAAUGCAGAUGGCCAGAAGAUCUGUAUUGUCUAUGAAGAUGGUGCUGUUAUUGUAGGAUCUGUUGACGGCAAUAGAAUCUGGGGGAAGGAGUUAAAAGGGGUGCAGCUUAGUAAUGUGGAAUGGUCCCCAGAUGGCAAAAACAUCAUCUUUGGCAUGGCUAAUGGAGAAGUGCAAAUAUUUGAUAACCAGGGAAACUUUUGUACUAAGCUGACCUUGUUUUGCCUGACAAACGUGACUGGUGCUGUUAGGAUAACCGGAAUCAACUGGUACAGUGGUGCCGAUGGAUACAGCGAUGCUGAUAUUCCAUGUCUGGCCAUCUGCUUUGAUAACGGAAGGAUGCAGAUCAUGCGCCAUGAACUUGACGAGAGUCCUGUUUUGAUUGAUACCUCGAUGAUGGUGGUCAGAAUUCAAUGGAACAGUAAUGGAUCUGUGCUGGCAGUAGCUGGGACCCAGAGGGCACUCGCCCAGGAUAAAGAUAUCAAUGUUGUUCAGUUCUAUACUCCCUUUGGAGAGCAUUUGAGGACUCUGAAGGUACCUGGAAAACAGAUCACUGCAGCAUGUUGGGAAGGAGGAAGCCUGAGAAUCGCACUUGCCGUUGAUUCAUUCAUCUACUUUGCCAACAUUCGACCAAACUACAAGUGGGGAUACUUCUCUAAUACCGUAGUUUAUGCGUUUAACAAGCCUGACAGAGUGGAGCAUUGCGUAGUGUUUUGGGACACCAAGAAUGGCGAGAAAUUUGUGAAGUAUGUUCGCAACCUGCUGUCCAUCACAGCAUGUGGGGAGCACUGUAUACUGGCCACUAAAGCAGACGAUGCCACCGGACAGUAUGUGCUGGUGCUGUGUAAUGCUAUUGGUACACCACUGGACUCCAAGUACAUAGAGCUUGAGCCUUUGUUUGUCGCUAUGACGCGCAGUCACGUGAUAGCAGCGUCGAAGGAGGCGUUUUACACGUGGCAAUACCGCAGCCCAAAGAAACUGACGGCUCUGGAGAUGCAGGUGCCUUCUCGGCGAAAGGACGUCAGAGAGAGUGGCACCGAGGAACCGUCUUCGUCCAAUAUGCCUGCAUAUUCCAGUCUUAGGAUGUUCCACAUUGAUGAUGUUCCAUCUGGAGCAGGGGAAGGCAUCAAAGAUGUGAGAAAGGCCCUGGCUCCUACCCAAGAUCCCAUCUGCUGCGCCUGCGCAUCCGAGAAAAUGCUGAUUGUGGGCCGUGAAUCCGGUACCGUUCAUCGCUACUCGUUGCCCAAACUCGCGCUGGAUAUGAAGCAUGUGCUGAAUUGUAGGCCUCACCAACUAUCUCUCAACUGCAGCUCCUCGCGGCUGGCAAUCAUCGAUAUCUCUGGAGUUCUUACAUUUUUCGAUCUGGAAGUGCGCCGAACUGACCCUGAAAGAAACGAGACCGUGGUCGGUGAGCACCUGAAGUUCGAGCGCAAAGACGUUUGGGAUAUGAAAUGGGCAGAUGAUAACUCCGAGCUGUUUGCUAUGAUGGAGAAGACGCGAAUGUACAUCUUUAGGAAUCUGGACCCAGAGGAGCCUAUUCUCAGCUCAGGCUACAUUUGCCAGUUCAAUGACCUGGAGGUGAAGGCGGUUUUACUUGACGAAAUCAUGAAGGAACCAGAGCAUCCGACCAAAGAAAACCUCAUUGACUUGGAAGUGAAGUCGUUGCGUGAUGCGCGUGACCUGCUGGAAAAAGUCGGUAUCCCGGAUGCAUACCAGUUUAUCGAGGAUAAUCCACAUCCACGUCUUUGGCGUCUGUUAGCCGAGAGCUCCCUAGAGAGACUGGACCUAGAGGUGGCGGACAAGGCUUUCGUGCGGUGUCAGGAUUACCAAGGCAUACGAUUUGUCAAGAGACUCAUCAAGCUGGACAAUGAGAAUAAGAAGAAAGCAGAAGUAGCUGCGUACUUCAAGCGAUUCGAAGAAGCGGAGCGGCUAUACCUCGAGAUGGACAGAAGAGAUCUGGCCGUGGACCUCAGACUGAAACUAGGAGACUGGUUCCGAGUGGUUCAACUACUAAAGACUGGCGGUGCAGGAGGUGAUGACCAGAUGCUAGAGCAAGCGUGGAACGCUAUCGGUGACUACUACGCGGAUCGCCAAAAGUGGCAAAAUGCGGUGACGUAUUACGUGCAAGGACGUAACCAGGAGAGGCUCGCAGAGUGCUACUACAUGCUCGAGGAUUACGCGGGACUUGAGACCAUGUCCAGCAACCUGCCUGAGAACCACCCUCUUCAUGCGGAGAUUGCUGAGAUGUUCAAGACGGUAGGGAUGUGUGAGCAAGCUGUGGCGUCGUACUCCAAGACUAACAAGAUCAAGGAGGCGAUCGACUGCUGCGUACAGCUGAACGAGUGGGACCUGGCCAUCCAGCUCGCCAAGGCCCACGAUGUGAAGGAGAUCGACAAACUGCUCGCCAAGUACGCAUCCCAUCUGUUAGAGAAGAACAAGACACUCAACGCUAUUGAACUAUACCGCAAGGCUAACCACUUCAUUGACGCCGCUAAGCUUCUUUUCAAGCUGGCUAAAGAGACGUGUGACCCUCGUACGAACCCGAUGCGCGGCAAGAAACUCUACGUGUUGGCCGCAUUGCUGGUAGAGGAGUAUCACGAGCAUGUAAAGCAAAGCAGCAUGAAGACCGCUGGCGGCAAGGACAAGCGCAACAAGAGAGAGGCAGAACAGUGCAUAUACCAGGAGGCCAUCUCGGCGCUGGCGGGGCUACUAGAAGAGGAUUCCAUGGCAACGGAGGAAAGUAAAGUGGUGGAUAACGCGUGGAGAGGGGCUGAGGCGUAUCACUUCUUCCUUUUGGCCCAGAGACAACUUUACGAGGGAGCUAUCGACGCCAGCAUGAAAACGGCACUUCAUCUACGCGAGUACGAGGACGUCAUGGACGCGUCGUGUAUCUACUCGCUACUAGCGCUCGUCAGCUGCGCAAACAAGUGCUUUGGUUCCUGUUCAAAGGCUUUUAUCAAGCUAGAACUUCUAGAUAAUGUCACGGAGGAACAGAGAAAGGGUUACGAGGAACUCGCGUUGGAAAUAUUCACAAAGCACUCUCCUAAGGACUCACGCGUGAACAAGACGGAAUGCACAAACUGCGAGACCAUGAUCCCAGACUGGAGCCAGACGUGUCCGAAUUGCGACACCAAGUUUCCCACAUGCAUCGUGACCGGACGACCACUGCUCGACUACCAGUUCUGGAUGUGCAUGACCUGCAAGCACCGCGCAUACGAACAGGAGAUCGCGUCACUCAACUUCUGCCCGCUAUGUCACUCUGCAAUAUGAACAAAGUGUAGCCGAAUAGGGAAGGGGCGCGGAGAUCGCGUCACUCAACUUCUGCCCGCUAUGUCACUCUGCAAUAUGAACAAAGUGUAGCCGAAUAGGGAAGGGGCGCGGAGAUCGCGUCACUCAACUUCUGCCCGCUAUGUCACUCUGCAAUAUGAACAAAGUGUAGCCGAAUAGGGAAGGGGCGCGGAGAUCGCGUCACUCAACUUCUGCCCGCUAUGUCACUCUGCAAUAUGAACAAAGUGUAGCCGAAUAGGGAAGGGGCGCGGAGAUCGCGUCACUCAACUUCUGCCCGCUAUGUCACUCUGCAAUAUGAACAAAGUGUAGCCGAAUAGGGAAGGGGCGCGGAGAUCGCGUCACUCAACUUCUGCCCGCUAUGUCACUCUGCAAUAUGAACAAAGUGUAUCCGAAUAGGGAAGGGGCGCGGAGAUCGCGUCACUCAACUUCUGCCCGCUAUGCCACUCUGCAAUAUGAACAAAGUGUAUCCGAAUAGGGAAGGGGCGCGGAGAUCGCGUCACUCAACUUCUGCCCGCUAUGUCACUCUGCAAUAUGAACAAAGUGUAUCCGAAUAGGGAAGGGGCGCGGAGAUCGCGUCACUCAACUUCUGCCCGCUAUGCCACUCUGCAAUAUGAACAAAGUGUAUCCGAAUAGGGAAGGGGCGCGGAGAUCGCGUCACUCAACUUCUGCCCGCUAUGCCACUCUGCAAUAUGAACAAAGUGUAGCCGAAUAGGGAAGGGGCGCGGAGAUCGCGUCACUCAACUUCUGCCCGCUAUGCCACUCUGCAAUAUGAACAAAGUGUAGCCGAAUAGGGAAGGGGCGCGGAGAUCGCGUCACUCAACUUCUGCCCGCUAUGCCACUCUGCAAUAUGAACAAAGUGUAGCCGAAUAGGGAAGGGGCGCGGAGAUCGCGUCACUCAACUUCUGCCCGCUAUGUCACUCUGCAAUAUGAACAAAGUGUAGCCGAAUAGGGAAGGGGCGCGGAGAUCGCGUCACUCAACUUCUGCCCGCUAUGUCACUCUGCAAUAUGAACAAAGUGUAGCCGAAUAGGGAAGGGGCGCGGAGAUCGCGUCACUCAACUUCUGCCUGCUAUGUCACUCUGCAAUAUGAACAAAGUGUAGCCGAAUAGGGAAGGGGCGCGGAGAUCGCAUCACUCAACUUCUGCCCGCUAUGUCACUCUGCAAUAUGAACAAAGUGUAGCCGAAUAGGGAAGGGGCGCGGAGAUCGCGUCACUCAACUUCUGCCUGUUAUGCCACUCUGCAAUGUGAACAAAGUGUAGCCGAAUAGGGAAGGGGCGCGGAGAUCGCGUCACUCAACUUCUGCCUGUUAUGCCACUCUGCAAUGUGAACAAAGUGUAGCCGAAUAGGGAAGGGGCGGGGGCAAUCGCACUGACCACAAUUUCUACGCGUAGGGGGAGGGGUUGGGUGACCGUAAAGGCCACACCGGGCUUAAAUACAAGAGAUCACGUUAUAGGGGACUUGCGCUAAGAGUUCACGUGACUUUAUGGGUUGCAAACUUGCGCGCGCUCAGGCUUUUAGUGCCAAAAUAGCAACAACAAAAAGCAAAUAAUUUCGCACUAACGAAAAAAGCCAGAAAGAUUUUUUCAGAAAGGCUUUAUAUUCACUAAAGCAUUUUUUGUCGUUCUUUGGCGAGACGAGCGCAGUCAAUUCUGUGUUUAUUUUGGUUUGAAUUUGCCACCCAAAGGGUCAGGUGAUCUCUUAGCGCAAGUAUUACCAGAUAUGCGAUAGGAUCCUGCGAUAUUAGCACAUAUACUACUUGGAAAUGUAGGCGCUAAGUUUGCGCAUUGGAAAGGGGCGAUAUACUACUACUCGGAUGCAUUGGGGUGGAACCCAGGUAAAGUGCAACUUUUCAGUAAUUUAAAAUCUCACUCGUGCGACACGUUCGACGGCGUUCGUAUUUUAUUGGUGUUAGUUUAUGCUGGUAAAGCUUGUUCAUGUAUAUACGGCAUGGUAAUUUAGUUACCUUCUUUCACACUCUCUUUCACAGUGUUCAUUGAAUGUGUCAUAACUUGUAAUAAACUAAGUUCAGUUGUAAAUAAACUAGGUUAACGUUCA